CGUCAUCCUUUCUAGGCAGUGCUGCGGGUGCUGCUGGCGUGAGAUGGCAGUUAUAUUGGCUGGGUCCCAGCUUCUUGAGAUCUUCACAUAGCUGGACACAGUGCUCAUCGGCCUUUCUCUGCCUUGCAUCACAAGCCGCCAAACAUUACCACCAGUGACGACAUGGCUUUGUUUACCGACGACUUCUGUGACCCCGUCCGCUUCUUCUUCUCUUCUAUGUUCAGUUGUUUGCCUUGCUGCAAUAUUUACGCUAGUCAUUCUAUUUUCCACUCUCACGAUGAAACACCUUUACGUCGAUCCGAGGAAAGAAGAGGCUCCCACUAGAGAGCGCAAAGCACAUUUGACAUGUCUUCCCAAAGCAAAAGAGACCAAACUUCACCCAACCAGGCCUGGCGGUGAAACUGCGAGUCUGUUCUUCGUGGGAACUGCCACCACCAUACUAGAGUGGGAAGGUAUGCGUGUAAUGACCGAUCCAAACUUCCUCCACGCCGGCGAUCAUGUCAGUUUAGGUCCUGGAAUAUCUGCAGAGCGCAUCACGAACCCAGCUGUGGACCUCCAAGACCUUCCCCGGAUUGAUGCAGUGCUCCUCUCUCACUACCACGGCGACCACUUUGAUCAGAAAGUAGAAGAAUCCCUUCGACGUGAUAUACCGAUCAUCACUACUCUACAUGCUAAAAGCUGUCUUCAAUCCAAAGGCCAGGAGUCGUUUAGUGAGGUUCACGAUUUGGAAUCCUUCCAAAGCUUGAUGCUGGACAUUGAGACGGGUUCUAUACGAGCUGGAAAGAAGCCUGGGAUCAAAGUCACGGGGAUGCCAGGGAAGCAUGUCAAACCAGGACUCUUGUCUACUGCGAACAACCUUCUGAAAGCCGUUCCUCCGAGCAAUGGAUGGAUGAUCGAGCUGGGAUAUCGGAGUGCCAGUGAUUCAGAGAGCUUUGAAAACAGCUACAGAAUCUACAUCUCCGGCGACACUCUGAUGGUAGAUGAAUUGAAAGAGAUCCACGAGCGAUACAAGGAUCAGAGCAUUGACCUCAUGUUGAUACAUCUCGGCGGAACCACGCUACCGUCGCCAGCAGUACCAUUAUUGAUGGUGACCAUGGAUGCGAAGCAGGGAGUCGAGCUGGUACAACUGAUCAAGCCGGACGUUACGAUUCCAAUACACUACGAUGAUUACAACGUCUUCGCGUCUCCCCUUUCGGACUUCAAGACAGCUGUCGACGAGGCCGAGCUGAGCUCGAAAGUAGUAUACCUGGAUCGCAAGGACGAGUACAAGUUCAAGGUCUGAUGAGGGGGCAGCCG